CUGGGGGAUGGGAGUUCUGGGAGUGGCUUCGCAGUAACCUCAUACCUCAUAUAUUGUACGUCUCAACCGGCAUUUUAAAAAAUUCAGCCUCUAAUCUGACCGCAGUGCACCGAACGCUUACAUCUACUCAGCAUCUGUCAAUUAGACCUCUGUAUCCUUCACGGGUAACGACAACGACGUAGAGCUCCAAGGAUGAAGAUUGAAAAUAGCCUCCCCUGCUCUCAGCUCCCCGAGGCCCCUCCUCAGACCGGCCUGCAGUUUACAGUGGCAACAGAGGAAGACUUUGAUGACAUCAUGGCCAUGAGCAAGGAUAUUUACGGUGGCCUGGACUAUCUGCCCUCCCGCUACCAAGCCUGGCUGCAAGAGAGCAACCGCAUCGUCAUUUUGGCUCGCAAGCAAGGCAAAGUGAUUGCGCUGGAGUCAGCAUGUGUUAUUGAUGAUGGGGAGACCAUGCUGGUGGAAGGGCUCCGUGUUGCCCCGCAGGAGAGGGGAAAGGGUGUUGCCGGGGUACUUCUGCGGUUUUGCUCUCAGCUGGUGAAAUCAAAGUUCCCUGACGUUAAAGUCAGCAGAUUGACCAGAGAUGACCAACUUGGGCCAAAAGACUUCCAGAAGUACAGACUCAUCACCAAACAGGGAAUCCUCCUGGUGCGCUUCUGUGCCGAAGACCUAAAAUUGCGCCUGGCUGAACUCGGGCCUUAUAUCAGUAUUGCUGGGCAGGGUCUGCCCCCCACAAACACCCCGGUGCGUCUGGAGCCUGCAAAAGUGCAUCAGCUCUUCUUGAGUGGUGUUCUAAUGCAGGACGUCCUUCCUAAUGCCACCAUCGUUCAAGAUUGGCAGCCCUUCAAGCCUCUUCCGAGCAACAUGGAGAUCCUGAUGCAGAAGGACAUUGAUUGGAUGGUCGACGAUGCCACGCGCCCAACCAUGGCCAGCCUGUGCACCUUCCCGUUCCACGUGCCGAUCGGUGAUGAUUGGUACUACCUAAACAUCGACAUGUUUGGCAAAGACCUAGAGCUGGCCGUACAACAGCUGCUGUGCCACUUGAGGUGCCACACAGGCACUUUGAAGGGUUAUGUUAUGUGUCAGGUGUUCCUGGAGCCUGCGCUGUGGAAACCUAUGGCCGAUUUCUUUAGGGAGACCCUUAAAGUGGAGCUGGUGAAAGAAUACACAGAGCAGUGCGUUGUGGAGUCAGAUGUUAUUUAGGGAAAGGAUAACAGCAAAGGGUUAGGAGCCUCAGAAACACCAUCCCUAAAAUUGAACACCAAGCUGACAGAAAAUACUUUAACAUCUCCUUCAAAGACGUAACUGUCCAAAAAAUCUCAACAUCCUUCAAAAUAAACCAAACAAGAAGAUAAUCUAAUUUUAAUUAGCUCUAUUAACACAUUUUGUAGGAUUUAAUUUAAUGUAACAAUUAAUCUUAAUAACAAAGUGAAAACAAACACUAAAAAAGAGGUUUUUCCAUUCGCAGUACUGUAAACACUGACCGGGUACUAUCAGGGACAACAUCCUGGAAUAACAAUAACAUUAAAUGAAAAACGAGGACCCAAAUUGUCCCAGUCCCCACCAUUUCUGUUAGCAUCACUGGCACGAAUGCCUACUGUGCUAAGUUGCAAAGAAAACUGCACAAUCUUUAGGGCACUUUAUGAUCAAAGAAUUGGAUUUAACUUUAGUGUCUGUUACUUUUAAUUAAAUCUAGCACUGUAGCUGCUAAUAUUUAAAGGAAUCUAUUUUAAUUGGAGACUUUAUGCUGGCUGCCAGAUAUUCAGAUCUUUUAAAUACUUGACUAAAUUACUAGACUUCCUCAGGGGGAAGUAAUCUUUGAUGAUAAGUUUUCUGAUAUGCUCCUCAAAAAUAGCUUUGUUGUUAAUAUUUCCUCUAAAAGUACUUUGUAGUGCUUUAAACUCAGCAUCUAAAUAUAUAUGUGUCUGAAAAUUUUGAUUAUGUGUUUAGAUUACAGUUUUGUUAAGUACUUGAGUUUAUUUGCUAGAAGUUACAUUGUGUCGGUGUUUGUACCUAACUGCUUUGCAAAGUGCAAUUUGAAUUACACACUGGAAUAUUGCUAGUUGUUCAUUCAGUUAGUGACGAAAUAAUGAAACAAAACAUAUUUUAUUUAUAUUUUAUUUCUAAAUGAUAUACUGAGUCAUAUGAUUUAGGUGAAGGGUAACAUUUAAAAAAGAGCUGUUUAAACUUUAAACCAAAAUAACAGGAAACAAAAUUAGGAACAUAUACAGUAUAUAUUUAAACACAUUGUAAAUGUUAUUCUAGAAUUCAGCUACAGUAAUAAUAGUAAUAUAAAAAUAAUUUAUUUGAGACCUUAAGAGAUGCUUCAGUCUUCAUUGUAAAUACAUCAAAAUGAAUUAUCCUUCAAAUCUGGUAGAGAAGAUCUUGUGAAAAUGUUUAUUUCACAAAACCAGAGGGGACCUAGCUGUCUUGAGCUCUAUAGUCAGUCAUGAAAUCAAGAAUUUAAAGGAAAAAACAACAAGAAGGACAGGGAGAGUGAAGUAUAUUUCCCAUCUUACAGUUGACGUUGACAAGCUACCCAAUGAAAAAGAAUGGAUUAUAUCACCAGUUCCCAGUUUCACCAUACUGAAGAUACAGGACACACAUUUCCUUCUUCUGGCCCAAAUAAGAAGAAGUGAAACAAGUCGUUUGAAAGUCCCCAAACCCACAUUUAUUUUAUUUUCCCAAACCCAGAUCAAGGUUUGCUUUAUCCCUGAUGCAACAUACACAUGGCCCAUAUGAACAAAUGCAACUUAAUAUAUGCACAGAGAUCUUUCGCUGUUCUCACAUAGUCUACGGCAAUGUUCAAACAGGUUUGAAAAGCAUAAUUUGUGCCCACCAAACCAAGCAGGGUGUAAAAACCCUGAUUGUCUUUAUUCUUACUAAUUAUGUAUCUGCUUUUGCUUAGUUUUGCUCAUGAACUGUCAUCAUCCACUGAUGUAAUGUGGAUCCCGGGGAUCCCGUCACCUUCCUUUGGACAGAUGCGUGUGGGACUUUUGUAAUUUAUAAAUGACCAGCUGGCAGCCUUUUGUCAACCUGGCUGAUUGAAAGUCAGGACCAUAAUAAUUGUGGCCCAUUCAUUCUAAAAGGCAUAACUGCUGAAUAUGUGUAUGUGUACACACACUGUAAUUUUAUGUGUAUAUAUAGAUAUUGUUUUUAUUUAUUUGUUUGGGGGAUUGUUUUAUUUGCUGUAAGCAACAGGGGACCUUUGUUCAUUUCAUUGCUAAAAUCUCGAAAUCUUUCAUGUCUGCUGCAAAUUGUGCUUUUAGUGGUAAUGUUAAAAUCCAAAUAUAUAAGUGACAAAAUAUGUGGUCAGAAAGCACAAGCCAGAUCAAAUGUUCUGUUUUUCAGCAACUUUCCAAAACCAUCAGAAAAUUCAGUCAGUGUGUAAUGGGAUACAAAGUGGAUUACAAAUUAUAAUGGAAUAAUUUUGAGAAUAAUUCUACAAAUUAUUUAGGCCUGUUUUUUUCCCCUCUUAAAAGCACACAUCAUGACAUGAUAGAAUAGAGGCUCAAAUGUAGUGGUAUGCAGUUUUUGUUGUACAUAGUGAAGUGGAUUUACAUUUAAAUUUGUCUGUUCAUUAUAGUGCUAGAAGUUUUUAGGCUGUAUAUUUAGAUGUUUUUUAGUCUCUUUUUGUCCAAGUUUUUUUUUCUCAAUAUCAAUGUGAUUUGUUAAACACCACCUUGCUUUUAAGCACUUUUAACAUCUAAUUGUCUCUCCGGGUAUUUUGAAAUGUGCAGAAGGUCAUAACCCUAUAAAUUACAGAGGUUUCAAUGGCAGGGCCGAUCGACUAUUAAAGGAUAGAAGCAUGUGACCGUUUUACGGUGAAGAGUUGAAAAGGAUACGUCGUCCCUUGUUACACUGGCUCACAUAGCGUGAACUUUAAACCCAUUUUCUACAAUUAUAAAGUGGCUUUUCACUUCCUUUUUCUGGAAUGGAAAAAUAAUACGGGUUGCAAAGGGAGAUGAGCGAUGGAGCCAGGGCUAUUCUAGGAAUAGGUGAUGAGGCGAGGACAUGUGAUCCGGCUCACGUUACCACCAUAAAAAUAAGUAAACAGUUUGUAUCGUAAUGAUGAACAAUGACAAGAUGAAUUCCAUUGAUCGUAAAUGCUUUAUUUGUUGUUACAAAAAGGGAAAUAACGUUUAGCUGGAAUCAAGAUCUUGUGUUUUAAUACAUUGGAGGAUAACCGACCAAAUAAGACCGACCAGGAUAGCGUAAUAGUUUGCCAGAUUCAGCACUAAAGUAACACUAAAGUUAAGAUUUAAGAAAGCUAAUAUAUACACUAAAGUCUUGUUAUCCUGUAUGAUUGUGGGCCAGCUCAACUUUCAGGGCUUGUCUCCCAAGUUAGGGAAACCGAAUACAUAGGGUGUCAUCUUGCAUAGAACAAGGGUUCAGCCCCAGACACCCUUUACCUUCCAUCUGAUCCACUUCGGCUUGACACUAUAGAGGGUCACAUGGAAAGAGUCAGCAGGUGGGGUUAAAAUAAAAAUAGCCUGUUAAAGUCCUGUCAUACUAAUGUAUUUUGCCACAUUGCUGCUCAGUACCUAUUCCUGAUUUUGUAUUCUGUUUAUUUAACUAUAUUUAAUGUAUAUAUAUUUUUUUUCAUUUUACUGACUGCUUUGUAAUGUUUAUGAAGGGCUUUGUAUGUGUACUAGAAUCAGUGAAAUCUCUUUAAUAUGGGGGCACACUUAUUCAUGUAACUGUAACAACUAUUAAUCAUAACUUAACAAAGUAUCAAUUAAUGUUAAUUAACAACUAAAAUAUGAUGAAUGUGAAUUCAUUUAGAUUUGAGAGUUUAUUAUUUUGAGAUUAGUCUUUGCGCCCCAUAUUAAAGUGUUACCAGAUUGACUACAUAUGAUGUGUUUUGUGAAGGAAAAUGAAGGGGAAACCACCAGGGAGAUUUUCUGUUCCGAAUCCCUAUUUGAACGUUACAAAAGUGAAAUCCAAACAGAAAGCCUUAUGUCGGUAAUAUCAGUUAAAUUGCUGAUUUGCACUUUCAGAGCUUCAACUCUGCGUCUCCUCUUGUUGUUUUCCAUAGGAAAAAAUUCUGUGUCUACACACAGACUUCGCGGCAGUGGCUAAAACGCACAGGUAUUUUCACCUGUAUGCACUAAUGCUAUUUAGUACAUGUAAUCUACAAAUGUUCUGCAGUAUUUAGAAGUCAAAUGCAACUGGAUCCCAAUGCAUAAUGUAUUUAAUGCCAUAACAUUUUAGAUCAAUUUGGAAUUGUCUAGCAUUUUACCAUUCGUCUAACUAUUCUGACGUGUUGCACUUUAUACUGUAGAUAUGUAGAUUAUUUAAAGCACAGUGGGAGAUCUUUGUAAAACAUUGUGUCAAUCAUGGUCAUUCAGAGGAUCGCUAUAUUUUUUGUAAUAGUUCCUAUAGGAGUGUCAGCCUAUCUGCAUAAUGUCAAGUUUAUAGAUAUUUUUAUUGGUGUGCUCCUUACUUGAUAUCUGAUGGUAAUGAAGAUUAUGUACCACUUAAUGACCGUGGUCUGAAUAACCCACACUGUACCUGUCUGAAACCACUGGGUGUAAGCAGAUGAAAUGCAAACCAAUGUCAGCAAAGCAGGGACCAUGAUUUUUGUAGACCUCAAAAAGUUGGUGGUUUGAAUGUCCUUGUCAUCCAUUCUCUUGAUGCAUCAGUGGCUGUUGAGUUUGUGUCUUCCCAUUAGCCCUUAAAAACAAACAAACUGGGUUUCAUGUCUUGCAUGUUUACACAAUUCAAAUAUUUGAGAAUGAUAUAUAACGUGAAAUUGAUUUUAAUUGUGUAUACAUCAGAAAACCUUUGGCCAACUGUCAAUCAAGAGGGUGAAUACAUCUUAAAUGCUGUAAAGGCAUUUGGAUUUUUUUUUUUUGUGGGAUUUUUUUUUUAUUACCCAGUACGGCUGCUUAUUGUCAAGCAGUGAUGUGUCAAGUAAUGGAAAAGUAUUUUAUUAUUUGGUUACCUGUCCGUUUCUUUUUCAUAGAUUGUGAGAGAUGCUGAACUAUUUUAAAUACAGUAAUUUUUUUAAAAGCCUUAUAAUCCACGAGAGUUUUUGAAAUGUGCAUGCUGUGUGAGUGGUUGGGCUUUGUAAUGAGCAUGUGGCUAUUUUACAUUGAGCACAUUGACCUCUGACCAAUAUUUAAAACUAGUCAAAUUUGGAACCGAUUGUAUUGGACAAACAAUUCCAUCGGUUCAACAAUACCGUCCAAUACCAUAGUAUUGGACAAACAAAUGGUGGAAGUUUAGGCAGGGUAUGUAAAACAAAAUGUUUUCUUUAACAAUCGUCAUAAACAUACAUGAUACAUUUUUAGAGACUGUACUUGGUUAAUUGUAUAAAAAUAUUUCAAAAUCUGCAAUGAUAUUUUUUCUCUUUGUGCUUGCGAUAUAUUCGUAUUGUGAUUGUAUGCAUCUCUAUAUAUCUCUCUUUGUGUACUUAACAAAUAACUUAUCCUCAGCAUCUUAACAUUAUGCAGUAAUAUUAAGAAAUGUUUCCGAAACUAUAAAUGGUCACUUCCUAAAGUCGACAUUACAGUAUACACUACGUUUAGUACUGUAAGAAUUUAGAGAACUUGUAAGUGGUUAUUGUUUAUAUUAGUAGUUUUUGUUGCUGGUGUUGUUUUAUUUGUAGUUUUUUGUUUGUUAUUUCUUUUUAUCGGAUAAGGGAAAGGACAAAUCUGUUAGAAUCAUGAAUGAUAAACUACAUUAUUUCAGGAUUAAUUCUCUUUCUGUCAUUCUGAGAAUUUAAAUAUGCCUUGAAAUUUUGCCAUUGAAUGUUAGUCAAUGAGCAUCCAGAAAGAUCCAAAAGCAUACACAAGUGUGAUUAUAGGUAUAUGGUACCUUUACUAUAAAGUAUCAGAUUUGCCAUUAAAUCACAUGAUGUUACAUAUUGCUGCUGUCCUUAUGAAACCUUGUAUCUCCAUAUUUUGCCAUUUUUGUUAUCAUUAAUCAUUGUUAUUAGUCAUUCUUAAAUGUUUGACAUUGGGUUUUGCAAAUAUCUAACCAAUAAAAAAGCAUUCAAAAGUGCUUGUCAACUUUGACAACAAAUUAUUUAAUCAUUUAAAAAAAUUACAUGUUUUUGCCAUUUACUAAAAACACAGUGAAUUUGGACAUCCGAAGUUUCGGAAGGACAGCGACGAUAUAAAAAUGCAGCAGUCAGAUAUAAGCCCCUAUGAAAACUCAUUUAGAAACCAUGAUCACAAAGCGUUUUAAAAUUGUAAUGAUGAAUGCUUGGGGUUUUGCAUUUUGCAAAUGCUUUUUCCGAAGUGACUUAUAAUGCAGUCAAGGUAUACUUUUUCCCUGUGUGUUCUUUGGAAGUCAAACCCAUUACUUUGGCAUUAUUGACAGCAUGGUCUAUCAUUUAAGCUACAGGAACACCUUAACUACCAUACUUUUAAGCUUUUCUUGACUGCUAUGAUAUUGAUCACAAAUAGAGUCAAUGCAGAGUUCAACUUAACUUUUGCCUGAUUUCUUUUUACCUUUACCCUGUGCAUAAUAAUUUGUUUAACAUUUGUUUAACAAAUAGUGUUUCUCUUGUCAUAGUGUAUGUCUUGACCAUUGUAAACCAGUAACCACAAUGAGCACUUACGUUUUAUGGCAAUAGAUGCAGUAGUUCCUUUCCAAGAGAGCGAAUAUGGCAGAUAACCAACUAGAUGAAAACCAGUGACUAACAAAAUGUUUAUCAAAUAGAUUUGUUUAAUGACUGGUGAGAUUUUAGCCUCCUAUAGCAAUGCGGUAUCAGAAUGAAAAAAAUUGCAGUUUAGAUGUGUCAGUCUUUGAUAAGUGAUGUUUUGAAUUGAUGUAUUAGUAUAAGUAUGCUUUACUUUCCAAUGGUUAAUCUUUCCAAAUGGUUAAAACUUAGAAAUGGUUAGAAAAUAUCUGUGUUUGUCUGUCUGACUGUAUAUUGUACUGUUGUUUAGCAAUAAACAAAGAAAAAAAAACACUAAUAAAAACCCAUAAAUCAUAA